GGAGCCCCGCGCUCCAGAGAAUCCUCCGUGCCCAGCUGGGGGCUCCCCGCCUUACUGAGGGGGUGCCGCCCAGGAGGAUCCACCGCGUCCCGCGGGCCCCAGCAGGAUGCACGCCGCCCUGGCGGGGCCGCUGCUCGCCGCCCUCCUCGCCACCGCCCGCGCCCGCCCGCAGCCCCUGGACGGAGGACAGUGCCGGCCGCCCGGAUCGCAGAGGGACCUGAACUCCUUCCUGUGGACUAUCCGGCGCCAUCCCCCAGCUUACUUGUUUGGCACCAUCCAUGUCCCCUAUACCCGAGUCUGGGACUUCAUCCCAGACAACUCCAAGGCAGCUUUCCAGGCUAGUGCCCGUGUCUACUUUGAGCUGGACCUGACAGACCCCUAUACCAUCUCAGCACUGGCCAGCUGCCAGCUGCUGCCACAUGGGGAGAACCUGCAGGAUGUGCUGCCCCGAGAGCUCUAUUGGCGCCUGAAGCGUCACCUGGACUACGUGAAGUUAAUGAUGCCCUCAUGGAUGACACCCGCACAGCGUGGCAAGGGACUCUAUGCCGACUACCUGUUCAAUGCCAUCGCAGGCAACUGGGAGCGCAAAAGGCCCGUGUGGGUGAUGCUUAUGGUAAACUCACUCACGGAGACGGAUGUGCGCUCCCGUGGUGUGCCAGUUCUGGACCUCUACCUAGCUCAGCAGGCUGAGAAGAUGAAGAAGAGCACUGGAGCUGUGGAGCGGGUUGAGGAGCAGUGCCAUCCACUCAAUGGGCUCAACUUCUCCCAGGUAGCCUUUCCCCAGCAGGAGAUCUUUCUGGCCCUGAGGCAGCACUUCGCUGCAUUAGUAGAAUGA